CCGUUCCAGUCGCCCAGCCACAGCUCUCGCCCCUGAAUCUCCUGUCGCCCCCUCCCAACCGCGCCGCGAUCCGGUGGUGGAUGCAGCAGCGCGGCCGCUCCUUCAACCGCCGCUCCCGGAGCUUCUCCCGCGCCCGCCUCGCCAUCGAGGGAUCUUAAUCUCACAGCCCCUCCCCGUAACCAAUUCCCCUCGUUUGAACUCGAUUCUGAUUGACGUACGAACGCACGCACGGACUUGCCGUGAUGGCCGCCGCCGCCGCCGUUGUUUCAGCUAAUGGGAAGCUGGAGGUGGAGGAGAGGAAGGUGCAGAAGAGCUACUGGGAGGAGAACUCCAGGGACCUCACCGUCGAGGCCAUGAUGCUCGACUCCCGCGCCGCCGAUCUCGACAAAGAGGAGCGCCCCGAGGUCCUGUCUUUACUUCCUUCAUAUGAAGGAAAAUCAGUACUGGAGCUUGGUGCUGGAAUAGGUCGUUUCACAGGAGAACUGGCUAAAACAGCUGGGAACGUUCUUGCUCUGGAUUUCAUCGAAAGUGCGAUUAAGAAGAAUGAAAGCAUUAAUGGCCACUACAAGAAUGCGUCAUUUAUGUGUGCUGAUGUGACAUCCCUAGACCUGAUGAUUCAAGCUAAAUCUAUUGAUCUGAUAUUUUCGAACUGGUUAUUGAUGUAUCUUUCAGAUGAAGAGGUUGAGCAGCUAGUUGACAGAAUGGUAAAAUGGUUGAAGGUUGGUGGCUAUAUCUUCUUUAGGGAAUCUUGCUUUCAUCAAUCUGGAGAUUCAAAAAGGAAAGUGAAUCCGACACACUAUCGGGAACCAAGGUUUUAUACUAAGGUUUUCAAAGAGUGCCAUACCUUUGAUCAAGAUGGGAAAUCCUUUGAACUUUCUCUGGUUACUUGCAAGUGUAUCGGAGCUUAUGUUAAAAACAAGAAAAAUCAAAAUCAGAUAUGUUGGCUAUGGCAAAAAGUCAAUUCAACAGAAGACCGGGGGUUUCAAAGAUUUUUGGACAAUGUGCAGUACAAAACUAGUGGAAUAUUACGCUAUGAGCGUAUCUUUGGAGAAGGAUAUGUGAGUACUGGUGGAAUUGAGACUACAAAAGAAUUUGUGGAUAAGCUGGAUCUUAAACCUGGACAUAAGGUGCUUGAUGUUGGAUGUGGAAUCGGGGGAGGUGACUUUUAUAUGGCUGAAAAGUAUGAUGCUCAUGUUGUUGGUAUUGAUCUUUCCAUAAACAUGGUGUCAUUUGCACUUGAGCGUGCCAUUGGGCGCAAAUGUUCAGUUGAGUUUGAAGUUGCUGAUUGCACCACAAAGACAUACCCAGAUAACACAUUUGAUGUCAUCUACAGCCGUGACACUAUCCUUCACAUACAAGAUAAACCCUCUUUGUUCAAAAGUUUCUUCAAAUGGCUCAAGCCUGCGGGGAAGGUCCUUAUCAGCGACUACUGCAAGAGUCCUGGGAAAUCAUCAGAAGAAUUUGCAGCAUACAUUAAACAGAGAGGUUACGACCUCCAUGAUGUGGAGGCUUAUGGACAGAUGCUCAAGAAUGCUGGUUUCCGCGAUGUCAUUGCUGAGGACCGAACUGAUCAGUUCCUCAAUGUUUUACGGAUGGAGCUAGCUGAGUUUGAAAAGAACAAAGAUGAUUUCCUGUCUGAUUUCACCCAGGAGGACUAUGACGAAAUUGUGAAUGGAUGGAAGGCAAAACUGCAGAGGAGCUCUGCUGGUGAGCAGAGGUGGGGACUGUUCAUCGCGACCAAGUGAUGACCCAGAUGCACGUGGAUUAUCAAAUAAUGUGCCUUCAUUGCAUGUGGCCCUCUUAUUAUAUUUGUUGUUGCACGCGUUACUCCGAAUUAAGGGGCUUGUGUUAGUACCUAUCAUGUUUCUUUGUGCCUUGAGAAAACCGGUUUAGUUUUAUGGUCCUGUGAUUGCAUUGUUAUUAUGUGGGGUGCUGCACCAGUACAAUGUAUCUGUGAAGUUCAAUAAGGUCUCUGAUAGGAAACUUCGCAAAGAGAACUUGUUGCCUUUAAUUGAGAAAGUGGCGGAUAGACUUCCCGGAUGGAAAGCUGGGCUUUUGAACAAA